GGUAGGCUUCCUGCGGAGAACGCAAGCGUGCGUCCGGCUCCAUUCCUAAACCCAAACAGACGUGCUGACUUCGAAGCUUUGCCGCAAAAAAGGAGACAGCAGAAAGAGUGUGCAGAAAGAGUGACUACUGGCCAUAUGUCAACGAAGGGCAGAAAGUAUCACGAGAGAGUAUCGUUCUCCGAAGAGGAGGAUGAACAGUGUUGGAAAGAGGAAAACGGCUGUGUGGAUGUACAUUACCUAAAAUCCGUCCAAACAAUUCGGGAUUCGUCUGGAUAUUAUGCAUAUAAUAUGAAAGCGGCGGCGGAACUUGAGCUCCCCGCCCACCGGCGGAUGACAGCGGCGCGGGAGAAGGGUCGUCGACCGCAGAUGCGCGGGCCGGCCUUCAUGUUCAACGACCGCACCACCAGCAUGACCGCCGAGGAAGAGCGCUUUCUGGAUGCGGCAGAGUAUGGCAACAUCCCUGUGGUCCGCAAGAUGCUGGAGGACUCUACCACGCUCAAUGUCAACUGCGUGGACUACAUGGGCCAGAAUGCAUUGCAGCUGGCGGUGGGCAACGAGCACCUGGAGGUGACGGAACUGCUCCUGCGGAGGGAUAACCUGGCGCGCAUCGGUGACGCCCUGCUCCUGGCUAUCUCAAAAGGCUAUGUCAGGAUAGUGGAAACCAUCUUGGCCCAUCCAUCCUUCCAGGCUAGCGAGCGACUGACACGGAGUCCGUGCGAGCUGCAGGACGACGACUUCUACUCGUACGAUGAGGAUGGCACGCGCUUCUCGCCCGACAUCACCCCCAUCAUUCUGUCUGCGCACUGCCAGAAGUACGAGGUGGUGCACAUGCUGCUGCUGAAGGGCGCGCGCAUCGAGCGGCCGCACGACUACUUCUGCAAGUGUGUAGAAUGUGCCGAGAAACAGGGCAAAGACGCUUUCAGCCACUCACGCUCACGCAUCAAUGCCUACCGGGGCCUGGCCAGCCCGGCUUACCUGUCACUGUCUAGCGAGGACCCAGUGCUCACCGCGUUGGAGCUCAGCAACGAACUGACCAAGUUGGCCAACAUCGAGAAGGAGUUCAAGGAUAAAAAGAGCCAUAAAAAAGAGACCACGCAGCACAAUUGCUUCUCCCUGAAUGACUAUCGCAAGCUGUCUAUGCAGUGUAAGGACUUUGUAGUGGGAGUGCUGGACCUCUGUCGGGACACAGAGGAAGUGGAAGCCAUUUUGAAUGGAGAUGUUACUGCUGAGAAGGAGUCGGGGCAGGGCCUUCGCUCUCUCCUGAGCAGGGUCAAACUGGCCAUCAAGUACGAGGUGAAAAAGUUCGUGGCACACCCCAACUGCCAGCAGCAGCUGCUGACGAUCUGGUAUGAGAACCUGUCGGGCCUAAGGGAGCAGACCAUCGCUGUGAAGUGCCUGGUGGUGGUGGCUGUGGCCCUGGGUCUGCCCCUGCUGGCUGUGGGUUACUGGUUUGCCCCUUGCAGUCGGCUGGGCAAUGCUUUGCGCAGCCCCUUUAUGAAGUUUGUGGCCCAUGCCGCCUCCUUCAUCAUCUUCCUGUGCCUGCUGUUGUUCAACGCAUCGGACCGCUUCGAGGGCAUCAGCAUCAUGCCAAACGUGACAGUCACUGACCACCCCAUGCAGAUCUACCGGGUCAAGACCACUGAAUUCAGCUGGACUGAGAUCCUCAUCAUGGUCUGGGUCACAGGGAUGAUGUGGUCUGAGUGUAAGGAACUGUGGACUGAGGGGCCAAGGGAGUACAUCCAGCAGCUGUGGAACGUUCUGGACUUCGGCAUGCUCUCAAUCUUCAUCGCCGCUUUCACUGCCCGGUUCUUCGCCUUCCUCCAGGCCACCAGAGCCCAGCAGUACGUCAACGAAAAGAUCCACGCUACCGAUCUCUCCCUAGUGACCCUACCCCCAGAGGUCAAAUACUUCACCUACGCGAGGGACAAAUGGCUGCCGUCAGACCCCCAGCUGAUCUCAGAAGGACUAUACGCCAUCGCCGUGGUGCUGAGCUUCACACGCAUCGCUUACAUCCUGCCGGCUAACGAGAGCUUCGGACCGCUCCAAAUCUCCCUGGGCCGCACUGUCAAAGACAUCUUCAAGUUCAUGGUCCUGUUCAUCAUGGUCUUCCUGGCGUUCAUGAUUGGCAUGUUUAUCCUCUAUUCUUACUACUUGGGUGCCAAGGUCAACCCGGCAUUCACCACGGUGGAGGAGAGCUUCAAGACUCUGUUCUGGUCUAUAUUUGGGCUGUCAGAGGUGUCCUCCGUGGUGCUCAAAUACAACCACAAGUUCAUUGAGAACAUUGGCUACGUGCUCUACGGAAUCUACAACGUGACCAUGGUGGUGGUGUUGCUCAACAUGCUGAUCGCCAUGAUCAACAGCUCCUAUCAAGAGAUCGAGGAUGACGCGGAUGUGGAGUGGAAGUUUGCGCGCUCCAAACUGUGGCUGUCCUACUUUGACAACGGCAAGACGCUGCCUCCUCCCUUCAGCAUCGUUCCAACUCCCAAGUCCUUCUACCACCUCAUCAGGUGGAUAGUUGGCAUGCUGCAUUGCCGACGACGAAGCCUGAAGAAGGACGUAGAGCUGGGAAUGGACAGUUCGAAGUCCAGGCUCAAUCUCUUCACCCAGUCCAACCUGCGCAUUGCAGAGUCCCACAGUUUUAACAGCAUCCUGAACCAACCCACUCGCUAUCAGCAAAUCAUGAAAAGACUCAUAAAACGCUACGUGUUGAAAGCACAAGUGGACAAAGAAAAUGACGAGGUCAAUGAAGGUGAGCUGAAAGAAAUCAAGCAGGACAUCUCCAGUCUACGGUACGAACUCCUGGAAGACAAGUCUCGGGCUACAGAGGAGCUGUCCUUUCUUAUCCAGAAACUGAGUGAGAAACUGAAGCUAGGCCCUACAACACGCUUCUACGAGUGACCCCACCGCCACCUCACAGUACAACCAAGCAGCCAACGUCCCAGCAUUUCUCCACAUACUCCACAGCACCCCCUGGCCAGGUUGUUUUGUAAAAGUCUUCUCUUUGCAAAUCAAAUCAAAGUGUAUUUGUCACAUGCGCCGAAUACAACCUUACAGUGAAAUGCUUACUUACAAGCCCUUAAAACUAACUUCAUGCAAACCUGUUGGUUAACAGACAAGAACAGCACAAGUAAAGGCAACAGCAAAAAAGAUUGUUGCCUCACUAUUUUGGUGUACGGAGAAGUUGCCCUUAGACUGAUUAAGCAUUUCCCCACUAAUGGUUAAGAUUAGGAUUGCGAGAGGGGAAGCUCAUCCUAGAUCUGUACCCAAAUGAAACUUUACCCCAGAGCCACUAUUUUACAUUAAGACAAAAAUGGUGUUACUGUUAUAAAUAUUUAUAUAUCAUUACUUAUUAACAUCUUUUAAGUCAAAAAAAUGGUGGCAUAAUCUCUUUCAUAAGACAUACUUUAGACAAUGGUUGUUUAGUACUGGUUUUAUGUUUCUUUCUCUCGUUAUAGAUUUAUAACCAAACAGUAGGAUUAUUUGACAAUAUUUCCUCAAAUU